AUGUCAGAAAAGAGAGGCUUUGGAUCAAAAUUAUCAUCCAUAUUCAACCAGGGGCUUGCGUCUCCCAAUGAUAAAAAGUCACAAGGGCAUUCUGCGCGAGGCAUAUCACUGUCUCCUUCACCAAAACCGACACCACUAAGUAAACCUCAAUUGAAAAAUAACCAUUCUGUUUCGGCCACAACCACCGCACCACUACAUUCAACUCAUAAUGGGGCACAAUCCUUACAUUCGAAGUCAUCAGCUAGUACUUUGCGAGCAAAUGCACCACUUGGAGUGCAGCAUUCUGCGUAUACAAAGCCUCAGACCCGCCAUUACCCUGAAAUAAACGUUACGCAACCCAAAAAUUAUGAUAUAUAUGCACAAACAGGUGCAACAAACCUGCACUAUACAGACCCGAGCAGACAAAGACUGCCACAGAGACAAAAAGAGGAUGAACUAAAACCAAGUUUACUCCCAUUCAACACACCUCAACCAUCUCGGAGCGACAAUUCUUCGAGUCCUAAACCACUGACCUUGAGACGCAAACCACCAAGCGACUUGGAUUCUUUUGACUUUGAAGUUCGUGAUCAGAAAUUUGAUAGAUCAAGUUCAAGCUCGAGGUCAUUAUCCCAAUCAACAAAACCGGAUAAAAUUGGAACGGGCAUAACAGCAGACAUUAUUGGUGAUUUGGAAUCUGAAAUUGACCAUUUUUUACAACUUGACCGAUCAGACAGUAGUGAUAUCAAAUACAAUGAUAGCAAGUCAGUUAGCAACAAUACAUUCUUUGAAGAUGCUUCCCACCCUGAUUUUGAACAACAAUUAAACAUAAAUAGAUCAAAAGCUUAUGACGAGUUUGGCGACACGCAAGAGGAUCUACACGGAGAGACACAGCAAACGCCUUACCCUGUUGACUCCUUUUUGGGCUCUCCAUCGGAUUCGCCCACGAGGACUCCAGAAGAAUCCGUUGAGAACUCUCCACAAAUUAUUCAAAACUAUAUGAUGGACACUCGUGGAUUAGAGCAAGUUAAUCCCUUUGAGAUAACAUUAAGUCAGCAAUAUUCAGAGCCACCUGACUCUUUUGAUGUCCCAGUGUCGUCGCAAUCCUCCGUUUAUUCUUCUGCUUCUCCAACGAAACAAAGGAUAGACUUUGGGGCCUCAGCUAAUCCUUCGUCGUCAUCAGACACAAUGCAUGCACCUAGCGGUGCACCAAGUAUUCGAUCUCCUAUUUCAAGAGCAUCAACCAAUACGUCGAGAAUACCUCCCUCCAAUCUACCAUUCCAAUCCCCUACAAACUCGUUACAUUAUCACAACCAGCAGCAGCCACAACAACAACAACAACAACAACAGCAGCAGCAACAGCAGCAACAGCAGCAGCAGCAGAGUAUUGGUCGUGCACAACCUAUGCAAGUACAUGCUCUACAAUCGCCACCACCAGCGCAGUCACAUCCACCACAUCCACCACAACCACCACAACCACCGCAAUUGCACCACACUUUAACUGACAGUUCUGGAGCAUUUUCCUUCUCUCAUGCCAACUCGAUGAAGAGCUACAACACCCAGAAUACAAAUCGUGCGUUUCAUCGAAAUUCAAGCUCGGUGGGUUCUAUAAAGAGUUCUAAUUCAUACAAAAAUGUUAAUCUAGCAAGUUUGAAACGCUCAUUGAGUUUGAAACCAGGAGAAGGUGAGAGAUCGAAUUACGUAUUGUCUAUACGAAGAAGUGCAGGUACAGCUUUCAAUGAGCUGGGACCAUUAAGAUGGAAACUACCUGUUGGAAUAUUGCCAAUAGAUAAACUGGCAACAAAGGAAAACUCAAACGGAAAGUACAAGCGACUUGCUGGUGGCAUUAGUGGAUCCAAUUCACGUAAAAAGACUAGUGGGGUGGGGUUGAAACAUGGUCAUUUGAAGCCAAGGCUUUUGGCAGCUGAAAUUGAUGAAGGUGAAGACAAUUUUGGAGGAAUUGGCCUUGCUAGAACAACAACAUCAAACACAUCCAUCCCCAACACCUUUAACUCUCGUAAUCAAUCGGUGAGCACAAAAGUGUCGCGUGAGAACUCAUUAAAGAGAACCACCACAGAUGGGUCAGCAUUAACAGGAGAUACUCAAAGUAUUGUCAGUACUGCUACUGGCAGUACAAGAGAUGUCAAUGACGCCAGCCUCAAUAGGACAAAUUCUAUUGUGUCGAGCGAAUCGUCGGGAAGCUUGUCAGAUAAAAUCACGGGCUACUACCAGCAUCGUGGCUACAAGUACGGUGACAUUGACGAAGAGGCAGAAAGCAAAAGUGGUGAGGAAAGUCCCGAUAUGCCUCCAAACAACGGUUCCAGCUUAAAUGGGCUUGACACCUAUGAUUCAUACGGCAAGCAAGAGAAGUAUAAUGAUUACGAAGAGGCUGAAAAUGACCGUCCAAAGUUGGUUCUUGCCAACCCAGAUAAUGACAGUGAUACCGAAUGA